CCAUCAUCACAUGACCAUCAUCACAUGACCAUCAUCACAGGUCCUUGACUCUUGUCCUGUAGCAGAUACAGUUUUGCGGAGCUGUUGUCUCUCUUGUUCUCUCUGUUAUCAGCCGGCAGUCAGAUGCCCAUUUUCCCCGCUGCCCCCAGGAUGUCCCCGGACAGGACUGAUGUGACUACAGGACUAUUACACAUCACCCUGGAGAUCAUCCGCCUGCUGACCGGAGAGAAUUACACAAUAGUGAAGAAGACAUCAAGGGAGUCCAGAGGAUGGAGCAGGGGCCCGAACCCCAUCACAGACCCUCCACCUCACUCCAUGAUACAUGAGAGGAACAAUAAGAAGAUCCUAGAACUCAUCAACAAGAUGAUGGAGCUGCUGAUUAGAGAGGUUCCUAUAAGGUGUCAGGAUGUGGCGGUCUAUUUCUCCAUGGAGGAGUUGGAGUAUGUAGAAGGACACACGGAUCUGUACAGGGAAGCCAAGAUGGAGGAUCACCAACCUCUUAUAUCACCAGAUGGCUCUGGUAGGAGAAAUCUACGUAAGAAACGUUCCGGUCCUCAGUAUUCACAGGACUGUACAGAGGAGAAGCACAAUGUCCCAAAAGGUCCUGAGGGUGAAGAUCUGUCUAAUAAUAAUAAUGUAAAGCUUGAGGGAGAAGAAGAGGCUGUGAGGGGAGAGGAGCCCUGUAUUAAAGAAGAGGAGGAGGAAAUUCCAAUAGAUGCCACCAUAGAUAGAUCCAGUAGAAGUCCACCAGAGAGAAGUCCCAGUCCUCCGAAUUCCCAGGACAGUCCAGAGGAAAAGCACAAUGUCCCAGAAGAUCAUCAGGGUGAAGAUCUGUCUAAUAAUAAGGCAGAGGAUAAAGGAGAAGAAGAGGCGGUGAGGGGAGAGGAGCCCUGUAUUAAAGAGGAGGAGGAGGAAAUUGCAAUAGAUGCCACCAUAGAAAAUAACUGUGAGGGGAACUUCGUGUUAUUACAAAAAAAUGGCGAAGAAGAUGAAGAGAUCAUUGAGCGCUCCUCAGGAGAAGACCUCCUUACCCCUAAUGUCCAUCCAGAUCUAUCACAUAAUAAUCCCCCUGAUCAUGGGGAAUUCUCUGAACGAAUUCACACAGGAGAGAAGCCAUAUUCUUGUUCAGAAUGUGGAAAAUGUUUUACUAAAAAUUCAAAGCUUGUUAAACAUAAGAAAGGUCACAGAGUACAGAAGCUACAUUCAUGUUCAGAAUGUGGGAAAUGUUUCGCAUAUAAAUCAGAUUUUGUUAGACAUGAGAGAAUUCACACAGGAGAAAAGCCGUAUUCGUGUUCAGAAUGUGGAAAAUGUUUUGCAUAUCAAUCAAAUCUUGUUAGACAUGAGAAAAGUCACACAGGAGAGAAGCCACAUUCAUGUUCAGAAAAUCCCAGUAAGAAUUCUGAGGAAAACGUCAUGUUAUCUGUGAGUGAUAAAGAAGAUGGAGGGAUCAUAGAGCGCUCCUCAGUAGAAGAUGGUGGGAUCAUGGAGCGCUCCUCAGGAGAAGAUGGAGGGAUCAUGGAGCGCUCCUCAGGAGAAGAUGGAGGGAUCAUGGAGCGCUCCUCAGGAGAAGAUGGAGGGAUCAUGGAGCGCUCCUCAGGAGAAGAUGGAGAGAUCAUGAAGCGCUCCUCAGGAGAAGAUGGAGGGAUCAUUGAGCGCUCCUCAGGAGAAAACCUCCUUACCCCUAAUGUCCAUCCAGAUCUAUCACAUAAUUAUCCCCCUGAUCAUGGGGAAUUCUCUGAAAGAAUUCACACACGAGAGAAGCCAUAUUCUUGUUCAGAAUGUGGAAAAUGUUUUACUAAAAAUUCAAAGCUUGUUAAACAUAAGAAAGGUCACAGAGUACAUUCAUGUUCAGAAUGUGGGAAAUGUUUUGCAUAUAAAUCAGAUUUUGUUAGACAUGAGAGAAUUCACACAGGAGAAAAGCCAUAUUCAUGUUCAGAAUGUGGGAAAUGUUUUGCAUAUCAAUCACAUCUUGUUAGACAUGGGAAAAGUCACACAGGAGAGAAGCCACAUUCAUGUUCAGAAAGUCCCAGUAAGAAUUCUGAGGGAAACGUCAUGUUAUCUCUGAGUGAUAAAGGAGAAGAUGGAGGGAUCAUGGAGCGCUCCUCAGGAGAAGAUGGAGGGAUCAUGGAGCGCUCCUCAGGAGAAGAUGGAGGGAUCAUGGAGCGCUUCUCAGGAGAAGAUGGAGAGAUCAUGGAGCGCUCCUCAGGACAAGAUGGAGAGAUCAUGGAGCGCUCCUCAGGAGAAGAUGGAGAGAUUAUGGAGCGCUCCUCAGGAGAAAAUGGAGGGAUCAUGGAGCGCUCCUCAGGAGAAGAUGGAGGGAUCAUGGAGCGCUCCUCAGGAGAAGACCUCCUUACCCCUAAUGUCCAUCCAGAUCGAUCAUAUAAUAAUCCCCCUGAUCAUGGGGAACCUUCUCCUGACCGACCACACAUUGUCACCUCAAGGAUGGGUCAGAAAGGGGAGAAAAGCUUUGAAUGUAGUGAAUGUGGUAAACAGUUUAUAACGAGUUCAGGUCUUUUUACGCACAGAAGGAUUCACACAGUGGAGAAGAGAUUCACCUGUUCAGUAUGUGAGAAAUGUUUUCGUGAUAAAUCAACUAUUGUUAGACAUCAGAGAAGUCACACAGGAGAGAAGCUGUAUUCAUGUUCAGAAUGUGGGAAAUCCUUUACAUCGAAGUCAAAGCUUGAUAGACACAAAAGCAGUCACACAAGGGAGAAGCCAUAUUCCUGCUCAGAAUGUGGAACGCUCAUUAGAUACAAGUCAAGUCUUGUUAGACAUAUGAAAACUCACGCAAGAGAGAAACCGUAUUCAAGGCCAGAGCAUUUGAAAUGCUUUUCACAAGAAUCGUCACACAAGAGAAGUCACACAGGAGAGAAGCCAUACUCAUGUUCACAAUGUGGUAAAUGUGUUAGAAAUGAAUCACAUCUUGUUGAACAUGAAAAAUUUCACACGGUAGGUAAGCCAUAUUCAUGUCCACAGUGUAGAAAGCGCUUUACACAUAAAUCAAGUCUUGUAAGACAUGAGAGAAUUCACACAGGGCUGAAGUAGGAUAAACGGUCAGAAUGUGGGAAAUGUUUGCAUAAAAAAAUUCAAAUCUGGUUACUCAGAGGAGAAGUCACACAGGAGAGAAGCCAUAUUCAUGUUGAGAAUGUGGGAAAUGUUUGCAUGAACAUUCACAUAGAGAAAUUAAAUUGUAUAAGAGCAUAAAAAAAAUGGCCAAUAAAUCAUUACUGUUACUAAAAGGGGUAUUCUAGCCUUGCUGUGGAGAGGGGCGGGGACAACAAAAACAGACAGAUUAACCUAGCCCUGGUCCCCCAAUCUUCUUCCUGCUUCUGAAGUGUGCACUAGGAGAAGGACCUGCCGCACUGUUGUCCCGUCUCGGCCAGUCAUUGGCUGAAGUGGCAGGUCCUUCUCCGAGUGCUUGUCUUGGAAGGAGGCAAAAGAUUAGGGAACCGGAUGGAAGCUAAGAGGCGCUGCAGAGGACCCCCCCAGCCGCAUGUGAUUUUUCUUUAUAAAGGGCUGGAAUACUGCUUUA